AUGUCGACGUCCUCGAAAUUUCCUUCAACUCUUCUUCACACCCUUAGAACUCAUAGUGGACCUGUGAAUGCCGUUACCUUCUCCAGUUCGCCGGGGACAUAUCUCCUAACUGGCUCCUCAGACCGGUCUAUCCACCUGUCACGCGCGUUGCCACAGUCUUCUUCCUCUUCACCUCACAUAACAACCUCGCCCAUCCAACGAUAUGAAGCACACGGAUACUCCGUACUAGACAUAACAGUCAGUGCAGACAAUGCGCGUUUUGCCAGCGUAGGAGGAGACAAACAGGUUUUCUUAUGGGACGUCGAGACAGGGAGUACAAUAAGAAGGUGGAGCGGCCAUGCCGGACGAGUUGAAGCUGUGGCCUUUGGGGGAGAGGGCGACUCAGUGGUGGUAUCCGGAAGCGCCGAUUCGGAUGUGAAAAUAUGGGAUACACGGUCCCUAACGUCAAGGCCGAUACAAACACUUACCGAAGCCUCUGAUACGGUUUCUUCAAUAUACGUCGAUAUGUUGACCAGCAGUAUAAUCACAGCCAGCUACGACGGUCGAAUCCGCGCAUAUGAUCUAAGAAUGGGUGAGAUGAAGGUGGACGUCAUGGCGCAUCCGGUUACAAGCAUACAUGGUUCUGCAGACGGAAAAGCUAUGCUUGCUUCAUGUCUUGAUGGACGGAUACGCAUGGUCGACCGUGACGAUGGUGCAGUUCUCAAGAGUUUUGGCGAUGGAAACCCUGACCCGUCAGAGAAGAAGCAUGGUCCUAUAUAUUAUAAUAAAGACUUGCGCAUUCGGUCUACCUUUGCUAAAGGAGAUAGUGUGGUUCUGAGUGGCGGCGAGACUCCGGAAACAGGUGCCAGUGGACAAACUACUCCAGCGACUGUUUUUGCAUGGGAUGUCUUGACUGGAAAUGUUAUUCGGACCGUGCCAGUGGGUGCUGAUAUUAAGGUUGUCAGCUGCGUUGCAUGGAACGAGAAAGGCUCGUCUUGGGCUGGAGGAUGUUCUGACGGCACUGUCAAAGUGUAUGGAUAG